AUGGUCGACCUCGCUUCGCGCCUUGCGUCUCUUUCGCCCUUUGGGCGCAAACAACAGCUCGAUACCGACGACUCGGGUGAGCUGGUCGACUCGGGCUCGAUCGCCGGUGGUGGUCACGCAGGACGACACACCGAGCUCCAGGACAGCCUGCGUGUGAGCGAGGCGCUUCGUCGCUUCCUGGCCCAUGAGAAAGUGAUCCGCGACGACAAACCCGAUUCGCCGACCCUCAGCCCAACGCUUCACGCUCUCCUGCAGCGACCGCACAUCCAGGUUCCCCCCGAGCUCACCGACAGGUCCCACCCGCUGUCAGCGUACUUCUUCAGCUCCAGCCACAACACGUAUCUGAAAGCGCAUCAGCUGUUUGGAGCCUCCGAAGUCUCCGCGUACGGGUCGACCUUGGCGGCGGGUGCCCGUUGCGUCGAGAUCGACGCCUGGGACGACGAGGCCAAUGCAGACGAGCCAAAGGUCACCCAUGGGUACACUCUGGUUUCGCACAUUUCCUUCCGUGCCGUUUGCGAAGCCAUCCGCGACGUGGUCGACAAGGAGGCUCAAUCGGCUGCCAGUACCCAAAGUGGCGCAGCCGCCCCCAUCUUCAUUUCUCUCGAGAACCACUGCAACCCCCACGGCCAGAAGCGACUCGUCAAUAUCAUGCAGGAGGUCUGGGGGGACCGCCUCUUGAGCUCGGAUGUGCGCCGCAAGGGCCACGAGGAGCAGGAAGGUGGUGCCAAGGUCCGUCUGGACGAGCUCGGAUCAAAGAUUGUGGUCAUCGCCGAGUACUACUUCCCCGGCGAAACGGUGCCCGACGACGACGACGAUGACGACGACGAGGGCAGCGAUGGCGACAGCGGCGAGCAAGAGGACACCAAGAAGGCCCGCGCCGAGUACGCAAAGAAGAAGAAGGCGACCACUACCACGGUCAUCAUCCCCGAGCUUGCCGAUAUUGGUGUGUGUGCACAGAGCUGCAAGCCACCCAACAACUCGUGGUUUGAGAGCGAGCUCGUCGACGGACCACACGACCACCUCAUCAACGUGUCCGAGUCAGCUCUCAGCACGCUGCUGUCUCCCCACAAAGACAUGAUUGCAGCACAUAACGCAAACUGGCUCAUGCGCGUCUACCCCAAGGGCACCCGCAUUUCGUCCAAGAACCUUGACCCUGUGCCCUUCUGGGGUAUCGGUGCCCAGAUCUGUGCUCUCAACUGGCAGUCGUUUGGUCCUAGCAUGCAGCUCAACGAAGCGCUCUUCAGUGGCACCGACGGGUUUGUUCUCAAGCCGUCAUACCUCCGCGGCGGCGAAAAGCUGCCCAGCAAGCGCAAGCGCCUGAGGUUGAGAAUCGCGGGAGCCACCGACGUCCCGGUUCCCAAGGGCCGUGAGAGCGACGACAUCAAGCCAUACGUGUCCUGCGUCUUGAUUCACCCCGACGACUUGUCUGGCAAGCCGCCGAAGUGCAAGACCGAUCACUACAAGCAAGCGCACAUUCCAUUCCUGCGUCCCGGUCACAAGUCGCCCGUGACCGAUCCCUUGUGGGACGAGACCCUCGAGUGGGUGUAUGCCGAUGACGAGCUCGUCUUCCUGCGCAUGCUGCUCAAGAGUGACGACAAGUUUGCCGCCAACCCGACGCUCGCGACAGCGGCGGUGCGCCUCCACUAUGCCGUCAAGGGCUGGAAUUUUAUCCGCCUCAUCGACCCGCGCGGCCACGAGACGACCUGCACGCUUCUGGUCAAGGUGGACAUUGACGACGCUUAG